UAAAGAUAUAUACAUUGACUUGUGAUUAUUUUGAAAUGUUAUUAUAGAGACAGCACCUUCACUUUGGGAAGUGGAAUUUGCGAAGCAGUUAGCCAUGGUAAAUGAACAGCCCCUUCAGAAUGGUUUUGCAGAGAUGAUCCAGUGGACGAAAGAGGGGAAGCUGUGGGAGUUUCCAAUUAACAAUGAAGCCGGUUUUGAUGAUGAUGGUUCAGAAUUUCAUGAACAUGUAUUUCUGGAUAAACACCUGAAAGAUUUUCCAAAACAAGGACCAAUUCGCCACUUCAUGGAGCUGGUAACCUGUGGCCUUUCCAAAAACCCAUACCUGAGUGUUAAACAGAAGAUUGAACACAUAGAGUGGUUUAGAAAUUAUUUUAAUGAAAAACAAGACAUUCUAAAAGAAAGUGGGAUACAGCUUAAUUGAAGACCAUGGAAAUUCUUAUUUCAAGCUGUUGGUGUUGGAUAUUAAAACUAAAUAAAAUAAUUUUACUAGAAGUUU